UAAAAUUAUUUCAAAUCAAAAUUUUGAAAAAUGUUUCGAUUUGUUAAGGAAAGGGGUGAUGAAAUAAUAAGUAUAAAGCGGCAAAAAUUCUGUGUAGCAGUUGAAAAUGAAAGUGUUGCACGUGAAAUGUACGAAAGUGUUUUGCAAAUACCGUCAACAUCGACAGCACCGGUAAAAUCACAAAACAAUACCGAACAUCGAAAAUCCAGACGCAUUACAUUACCAUUUAACAAAAAUAAAUUGUUUGCGGCUGUCGUGAGUAAUGAUGUGACGACAAUUGAAGAAAUGAACAUAACCAAUCGAAAUGUAAAUGUGACCGAUCAAUUCGGUUGGACGGCAUUGAUGAUGGCCGUAUGUGACGGACAUUUGGACGCUGUAAAAGUGCUAAUUAGACGUGGCGCCAACAUUGAUAUUGAAAACAAACAAAACGACACCGCAUUAAAAUUGGCCGAAAAAAGAAAGCAUCAGUUGAUUAUAGAAUUUUUGAAACAAAAACAAACUGAAACAAUUGAAACAAUUUGCUUGAGCAGUGAUGAUGAUCAAACAAGUUCGCAGAGAUUUUUCUGUGAUAUUUGCCAAACGGAAUUUUUGCAAAUCGACCAAAAGUCGCACGAAGCCUCAACGUUACAUCGCUUUAAUCGAGAAAAUUUAUCGAAAUCGGCACCUCAUUUUGGAAUUGCAGAGUCCAAUGUCGGCUUUCGUAUGUUAAUGAAACAGGGAUGGGAUCGUGAAAGUGGACUCGGUGCGAAACGUGAUGGCAUAAUUUAUCCAAUUAAAACAACACUACGAAAACCACGAUCUGGUCUUGGUGUGCGACAACCGAACAAACCAAAAGUCACACAUUUCAAACCAUUUGAUUGUGAUGCCAUUAAAUCAGGCAAACCAAUAUCGAUUAAACAUGUUAAAACUAAAAGACAGCUACGAGCCGAACAAUUGCGAACUCAGCGCAAAGAUCGACAAUUGAGAAAACUUUUGUCAUGAUUCUAUUUCAUCAUCCUUUUAUUAUUGUUGAAAAGAAAAAUCACCGCGCAAUCGGUUUCAAAUAGAAUAAUAAAUUAUUUAAAUGAGACGAUAAAUGCAGAGAGAUUGAUUUGAAUUAUUAUUUC